CAGGCAAUCCCAUGAACAGUGCCAGCAUUCUCAGGUUAGCUUUCUCCUUUACAGCGCAUUGAAAAAGUCCUCGUGCAAAGACAGUUUGUAUGAAGACAUUUUGGGAUUUGGCCUUGCAUUAAGUUGAUGGAAGAGGAGUUUUAGGAUAUUUUCAUCUGUGAGGAUUUUGGAUUUUAUUUUUACUCGGGGCACUUUGAUACUAUGUGAUGAAUUUUUUAGUGGCCACAAUUCUUUUUGUAGCAAUGAUGCUAUGUUUGUCAAUUGGAGAAGCAAAGUCAUACAGACCGCUCCAUUACAGUAGCUACAGAGCUGGACUGAUUGAGCACCACGACCAGGGAAAACCUACCAGCAGACACAAGAACCACUGUGCUUAUGUGAUCGAAAAGACAGUGUCCUUCACUUUGCAAGAUGGGGCAGCCCCAUAUGUCAAAGCUGAGUACAACAAGUGUUCCUGGCAUAAAAAAUGUCCAACUCUUAUGUACCGCCUAAUCUACAAACCAAUGUAUAAGGUGGCGCAUAAAACAGUCACCGAGUUGGAAUGGCGCUGUUGUCCUGGGUACUCUGGCUAUGGGUGCAUGGAGGGACCCCCAUAUUACCAAGAUUCCGUUAAAAGCAUGCCACCAUUUAAAGGUCCACCAUUCAGAGGCCCACAAUUCAAGGGGCCACAAUACAAAAGCCCCAUGUUUCAGGGUUCCAUUUUCAAGGGCCCGCCCAGCAACCCUCUUGUGAAAGCCUACCCAUGGAAUCAACCCAAAGGACCUCCCACCAAUGGUUUUAACUCUUAUUCAAUGCAUAACUUUGAACUGCCGAGAUCCUCCAGCUAUCCAGACACCUCUUUUGAAUCAUAUCCAGAUGGGCCUGAGCCCAUGCUGAACCACAGAGAAGAACAUCACAUUCCUCAUGAACAAGAGCAUGAUCAUAACCAGGGAGCAGUGGAGCAUAGUCCAGAAGUAACUCUUGCCCCAAGCAAUGGUGAACCAACUGAAGGCCUUGCUCUAGAAAAUGCGACAGAAGAGAGAAUAUAUCAAAUUGAGGAGGAUGUAAGACGUCUGAACCAGGGACUGGAGUCCCUAAGAGGGACUGUGAAUGGCCUGGAGGAGAGCCUUCGAGUGUCACUAAGAGAGGACGCCAACAGGAUGCUGACAGCUCUGCUCACUGCUGCCCCCAGUCCUCUUUCUGCUCCUCCCGUAGCCUCUAGCCCCUCCACAGUUGGCUUUGUAGAGAUUCCUGGGGGAGAUCCUGAUGCUGGCACUCUUGACGGCAGACACGUCUUUUCAGGGCUUACAGAACUGAAUGGAAGGGUAGAAAAGCUCAGGACCGAGCUGCGAGACAAGACAGCAGAGCUUCAGGAGCUCAAAGCCACAGUAAUGACACAUGACGGAGCACUAGAAAAGAUAUCCAGCAGAGAAGGCACAGUAUCUGACUCCACACAUCUUGAGAGGAAAGACCAAAAGGCGACAGAUCAGCUAUUGGAUGCCAAACCGAGUGCAGCCAGGACUAACAUUCUUGGUGGAUUUGAGAAGCGUGUGGAGAGUGCAGUGGGCCGAUGUGAGGAGAAAGCAGAAGACACACGUCGUCAGUGUCAGAAGGAGCAAGUUGAAAGGCAGGAACAAAUGGAAGAUGCUUUGGAAGAAAAUACAAGUGACCUAAGGACAGAGAUGAGGAGCCUCCGGGCGCAGGUCCAUCAUUUGAGCACAAUAGAAAGCUGCUGCGCUGUUGUGAGUGGACUGAGUGACAGGGUGCAGUUGGUGGAAGCCUCAGUGGUGGGCCUCAAUCAGUCUCAGAAACACCUAAAGGUAGAGUUGGGAGGUCAUAAAGACCACGUUGAGGGAAUGCUGGAAGGGCGCCUUAAAUAUGUAGAGACCAAGCUCAACCUGACUGGGCAACUGGAAAAGAGGAGCAGCGCCUCAGACAAAACUGAGACAGGACAGGGCCUGGAGGUCAGAAUGGAGGACAAGUUGAGGGAACUCGAGGGACGCCUACUGAUAGCUUUGGAAGAACUGGGAAAUGCCACUGCUCCUGCACUCCUGGAGGGACAUGCUGUUCCAACCCUGGAGACAGAGCUGGAGUCCCUCCGAGGGAGACUCGAGAUGGAUGUGGACAGGGUGCAAAAACAUCUGAGCAACCUGGAGAUUCUUUGUUCUUCCUCCUGUUCUUCAUCCAAAACACCCCCGGCUAUUCAAGGGGACUCUUCAUCUUCAAAUAUUGGUCUGGCAGAGGAUCAGAAUGUCCAGGGAUUAUUAGAUAGGCAAAGUGACCGUUUGAACAGCCUCAACAUCACGCUACAGAAUAUCAUGAGGCAUAUGACUGACAAAGAGCAGCAAGAAAAAGAACAUGGCGAGCUCACGAUCCUUAAGUUCAACGUUCGCUCCGUCAACCGCACCCUGAAAGGAAUUCAGGAGUCACUGGGGACCGUAGUCCACCAGGUGGGACGAGUGAACAGCUCCUGGCAUGAGAGAGAGUCCCGUCUGGCGCAACAGAUGAAGGGCGUGGUCCAGCUGGUUCGACAUCAGGCUUCCAUGCUUGGGGCAGGUGAGCGCAAAUUGGGCCGGCUCAGGGCGGAGUUGCAGGAAAUGAAGAAACGGCUCGCUGACGAGGUCCGAGGCUGUCGGAGCACAGCUAUGGGGGUACAAAAAGAGGUGACAGAGGUCGGUGGUCGUGUCGCUAAUGUGGAGGACCAGUGUAAAGUUCUUAAUUAUUUAGCAGAAGAUCUGGAGAGAAUUAGGGAGGAGCUAGACAGACAAUCAAAUGGGUUUCUCCUGCAAUUCAAUGGCACUCUCACCAACCAUUCCCAGCAGUUGACUGAGCUGAAACACGAAAUCAGAAACUGCACCUCCAAGGCAGAGUCAUCACAACAGAAUUUCGAGCCAGAGUCACAACCCGGGGACACGUUUACUUCAAAGUAGUUCUGCUCAUACAAAAAUAAAUUAUAUAAAAAGAAAAUAAAGGUCAAAUAUUCUGCUGGAGUUGUGGAAGUCCACAACAUUUUUUUUUUUUUACUUGACUUGUGAAGGUGCUAAGUCUGUUCGUUGUCAUGAACGCCCAUUUUGAACAAAAAUGUAUGUUCCUGUGCUGUUUACAUGCAUGAAAGUCUUUGUAUGUGUUAUCUAAUUUUUUUUAUUUGAUGUUCUAGUUUUUAUAUUUUCUUACAUGGAGGCUAAAUUACACAAUUCUUUUUAUAUAAUCGGAAAUUGUAUUACGUUCCUUGUUUUCAUAUCCCUGAAUCUCUCAUCUUUUUGUGACUUGACUGGGGUCGGACAACAAGGAAAUAAAGGUUUUGUAUUGUACAUGUUUGGGGGUGAAAAUGUAUUGAACAAAAUAAAAGUAUUUGUCUCUG